AGAUGUCAGCCGGUAAACAAACGCAAGGCUCGUCCUCGAAAACAGACGGAGCAGCACAAUCUUUAAAGACAUCGACGCUUAUGGUGCAGCACCUGGCAGGCAGCUUCGUCAUCUCCUCAGGUUCCACGCUCUUCAGGCGCGAGCCAGGCUUGAACGAGCUGCAGCUCUGCAUCCUGUACCAGCCGCGCAAGAAGAAAUACAUUCUGCCCAAGGGGCGCAAGGACUACGGCGAGACGAUCGAGGACGCGUGUCUGCGCGAGACAUACGAAGAGACAGGCUACCCAUGUGAGUUCGUCUCGCUCCGCAUGGCGACGCGCGCCACCCAGCCUGGCGACCUCCACGGCCGCGACAUCUCUAUUGUACGCGACGGAAUGACGGAGCCCGUCGGCGUGACAGUUAUGGACAGAGGGAAGAGGGGCGGGAAGUUGAUCAUGUGGUACGUGACGAGGUUGAAGGACGGCGCAGAGAAGGUGGAUGGGACGCAGAUGGCAUCGGAGAAUUAUGAAUCGCAGUUUGUCGAGGCAAGACGUGCAAUACCUCUGUUGACAUUGCCGCAACAUAGAGACUUAG